GAUUUCCUCGCAUUCCGGCGAACGAGCACGCCUGGCGCACUUACUUAGGUGCGUGACGUUCGAGUAAUCGUUUGUUUUCUCGCGAUUCUAGGAAACGACGUCAUCCUAGAGAAGGACGUUGUUCGAUCAUCGAUUCGUUGCAAUAAUUACGAGAGAAGAAGAAAAUAUCGGAUAUAGCGAGACCCGCGGGGAGUUAUCGUUAUCACGCCGCGGCGGCCGAAAGAGAAGAGGAUCCGCGGUGAUUCAUGGAGCGGGAGGAGGCGAACGGAAAUGCGGCAGGGGACGCGAACGGGGAUACGGAGGAUACGGCGACCGCGAGCGAGCGAGGCACUCCUGAAGGGUUCGAUUCCCUCGAGGACUCGACCGCGUCGCUGGAGAUGGAACAGUCGGAGACCGGUCGGAGGACGAGUAUCUUCAAGUAUUACGCGUACAGGAACCCAGAUAUAAUGCCGAGCACGGUGAAAAAAAUAGGACCCCUUGUCGGCGUAGUUGAUGUUGGCACGCGGACUGUUCGCUUUGUGGUAUUUAAUGCAAAGCACGUCGCGGAGGUUGCGUCUCAUCAAAUCGACAUAGAGCAAAUCAGUCCGCAAGAGGGGUGGGUGGAACUGGAUCCCAAAGAGAUUCUUUUCGCGGUAAAAGCCUGCAUUAAGGACGUAAUUCGCAAAUUGGACGUGCUGGGUAUGAAGAUCGACGAAAUCGUUACAGUGGGUAUUACCAACCAGAGAGAAACUACGGUAGCGUGGGAUGCGAUUACCGGCGACCCGCUUUAUAAUGCCAUAGUGUGGUCCGACAUCAGAACUAACACGAUUGUAGACCAGGUCAUAGCGAAGUUUCCGGAUCAGAGUAAGAAUCAUUUGAAACCCUUAUGCGGCUUGCCCGUGAGUCCGUACUUCUCGGCUUUGAAGAUUCGUUGGUUGAAGGACAACGUGCCGGUCGUAAGGAAAGCAAUUCGCGAGAGGCGAUGCAAAGUGGGGACCAUGGAUACGUGGGUUGUUUGGAACUUAACGGGAGGCAAAGGCGGUGGGCUAUAUAUCACUGAUGUUACGAACGCGUCGAGAACGAUGUUAAUGAAUAUUGAAACGCUCUCCUGGGAUCCUACGUUAUGCAGAUAUUUCGACAUUCCUAUGCAAAUGCUACCGGAGAUCAAGAGCAGUUCCGAGAUAUACGGCAAAAUCAUGAUCGGUCCGCUAGCCGGCAUUCCCAUAUCCGGCAUUUUAGGGAAUCAACAAUCUGCUUUGGUCGGGCAGAAUUGCUUGAAGAAAGGCCAAGGGAAAAAUACGUAUAGGAGUGGCUGCUUUCUACUGUGUAACACGGGGCAUACCAGAGUAUAUUCUUCUCAUGGAUUGGUUACAACCGUCGCAUAUCAGUUUGGUCCGAAGAGUCCACCUGUCUACGCGUUGGAAGGUUCAAUCGCGGUUGCAGGUGCAGCUAUUAAAUGGCUACGGGAUAACAUGAAGCUCAUAAAGGAUGUUCAUGAAAGUGAACAUUUGGCUCAAAGUGUAUUUAGCACGGGAGAUGUCUACUUCGUGCCCGCUUUCACAGGGUUAUAUGCACCUUAUUGGAGAAAAGAUGCAAGGGGAAUAAUUUGUGGACUUACUGCGUUUACCACGAAGCAACACAUAAUCAGGGCAUCCCUCGAAGCGGUAUGCUUCCAAACCAGGGACAUUCUCGAGGCCAUGUACAAAGAUUGCGGAUUUCCGUUAACGAAAUUAAACACAGACGGAAAAAUGUCGACUAAUAAUCUCCUUAUGCAACUACAGGCCGACCUAUGUGGUACACCAGUAUUUAGAUCAACUAUGCCUGACAUCACGGCCUUAGGUGCAGCGAUGGCUGCCGGACACGCUGAAGGGAUAGAUGUUUGGAACUUGGAAGGCGAGGAAGUAGAAACAGUGCCAACCGAUACUUUUCUACCGACUACCACGCCGGAAGAAAGAGACGCAAGGUAUAAGAAAUGGAAAAUGGCAGUACAAAGAAGCCUAGGUUGGGCGACAGGAAAAAUGUCCGAACAAAUGACAGAUGACAGGUACUGCAUACUGGCGUCCAUUCCUGCCAGUUGGUUCUUGAUAUCGAGCUUCGUUUUACUGCGAUUAAGUCAUUAUAUAGCGAACCGGUGACGGCAAGUCAACAUUAUCGAUGCGCAAGUUACCCUAGACGGCAGAUAGCCCUAAUUGCAGUCCAGAAGAAAACUUAGCGAAGUGACGUAAAACUUACUCAACUCACUCACACGUGCGUCGGCGGGUGCGACGACGAGUAUCAUGAAAUGAGCAGAAGGAUAAAAUUGCUUCUUUAGAAUAAAUAUGUUCCAUACUCUUCGGUGCGCCUCAUCAGCGCUAACGUUCCACAAUCGGGGACAAGUAAUGCCAGUCACUGGUCUCUGGAUUUUGGAAAUUAACGCAGUCAGCACAAAAUAUUGUACAUUAUAUGUUAUUUAUAAUCUCAUUUUAUUCUCCGUGAAAUAAUGAUAUUCGAUUUCCUGUGGGAUAUGUGAUGAAAUAAUAUCCCAGAAUUUUUUUUGUGUGAUUUGUAUUUUGAAUUUACUUCGUCGCAUGCACGUAAUUCUGUCUUUGUUACUAUUAUUAUUUAUUGUAAAGAUUAUAUGUAUACAAUUUUCAAUUAUAUGUAUCAUAGAGAA